AUGUUCUCCAGAGUCAACGCCCGCCAGGCUCUUCGUGUGGCCAAAAGAUUCCAGUCACAUGCUGCUCCAGAGACUAAAUCGGCCCCAUUCAACAACAAAUACAACUUCAACAUAAAUCCACCUCCAGUGCAUCAGUACUGGAACAUCCGUAAUGCUUCGGUCCUUUUUGCAUUUGUUCCGCUUUAUCUUGCAGUCGGCUACUUGGGCAAAUACACUGGAGCCAACUUGUAUGGUUUUGAAGCAUUGUUGGACUUUGCUGACUCUGAAAAAUCUCCAAUGAAGGAACUCAAGUUUGGUGAGCCACAACAGUUGAAGAAAUAA